AUGGAAUCUGUCUCCACCCCUUAUCGCAUUGCAGAGGAGAAUAUUUGCACAAAACUCAUCAAAGAAAUGCCCGCCAAGUGUUUUUGUUGCUUCCUCCUACAAGCAGAAAACCAGCAAGUCAAAACAAGAAAUGACAGCAAAAAUAGGGACUAUCCAUGGGAAAUGUACACGCUGAAGGAGUUGCUUCGUGCAACAAACAAUUUCCAUCAAGAUAGCAAGAUAGGAGAAGGUGGCUUUGGAAGUGUUUAUUGGGGUCGAACAAGUAAAGGCAUCGAGAUUGCAGUGAAGCGACUGAAGACGAUGACUGCAAAAGCAGAAAUGGAAUUUGCAGUAGAAGUGGAAGUACUUGGAAGGGUGAGGCAUAAGAACCUUUUGGGUCUAAGAGGAUUCUACGCAGGAGGAGAAGAAAGACUUAUUGUUUACGAUUACAUGCCCAAUCAUAGCUUGCUCACACAUCUUCACGGCCACCUCGCUUCAAGUUGUCUCCUAGAUUGGCCUAAAAGAAUGAGCAUCGCCAUUGGAGCAGCUGAAGGCUUAGCGUAUCUUCAUCAUGAGGCGAAUCCUCAUAUCAUACACAGGGAUAUAAAGGCAAGCAACGUUCUAUUGAACACAGAGUUUGAAGCGAAAGUAGCUGAUUUUGGUUUUGCGAAGCUAAUACCAGAAGGUGUGAGCCAUUUGACCACAAGGGUGAAAGGAACUUUGGGAUAUUUGGCGCCAGAAUACGCCAUGUGGGGGAAGGUUUCAGAGAGCUGUGAUGUGUAUAGUUUUGGGAUUUUGCUUUUGGAGAUUAUUAGUGCGAAGAAACCGAUAGAGAAGCUACCAGGAGGAGUGAAAAGGGACAUAGUUCAGUGGGUGACACCUUAUGUUCAAAAGGGUAUCUUCAAUCAUAUUGCAGAUCCAAAGUUGAAGGGUAGGUUUGACUUGGAGCAGUUGAAAUCCCUGGUGAUGCUGGCUGUGAAGUGCACCGAUAGUAGCCCGGAGAAGCGGCCGAGUAUGGCGGAGGUGGUGGAGUGGCUCAAGGGCGCCGGAGGCGGAGGUGGGAGGAGGAGAAAAGAGAUUCCGCCGGCAGCUAUGAGGGAUGAAGAAAAUGACAGGAAUGAUAAGGACUAUGAAGACAUGGGAAAGAGGCAAUCCAUGUUGAGAAUACCAAGCGAUAGAUAUAAAAUAAGAUGAUACUGUUUGGUUUUAUGUAAAAAAAGGAUGAUUUGUUUUGAUAACUUCUGUGUUUUGUGAAAUUAAAUAUGAAUGUUUCUAUUGUUGAUGGAAAGUGAUUUAUGGAUUUUUAUAUUUCGGAGUUUGAGAUAUCUUCUUGGCUUUCCCA